CCGAGCUGCCUGAGGAUUGGUGCUUUAUUCCCGAGGCCGGGGGAUGAGCUCAUCGGCAGCCAACCGCGGCGGCUGUGGGGAGCCGGCACCUCGCUCCGCGCCCGGCCCCAGCAGUGGGGCGAGGGGAGCGGCUCCAUGGGGGCGAGGUGGGUCCCGCACCCCCAGGGACCAGGCUCCUGACCCCAGCAGGGACUGAGCUGCUGAGGAUGCCCUGAGAGCAGCCAAGUCAUGAGCAGAGUCUCCCGUGAGCGCCUGGACUCGGAGUCCUGCUCUCGGGCGCUCUCCCAGGCCCGAAUGUAUCUCGAGCAGAUUCGGAGCCGUGUCUCUCCAGGGGGCCCUGAUGUGCAUGGAGCUGGGAAGCGGGAUUACCUGGUGGAUGCAGCAAAGCAGAUCCGCCUGGCACUGGAGCGGGAUGUGAGCGAGGACUAUGAGGAGGCUUUUAAUCACUACAAGAAUGGCGUGGACGUGCUGCUCAGCGGUGUGCAGGUCGACCCCAAUAAGGAGCGCCGUGAGGCCGUGAAGCGGAAGAUCACACAGUACCUGAAACGGGCUGAGGAGAUCUUUAACUGCCACCUGCAGCGGACUCUGGGGAAUGGGAGUUCCACUGCCACGGGCUACAGCAGCCUUCGCUUUCGGCCCAUCAGGACACUCAGCUUGGCUGUGGAGAACCUGAGGCCCUGCAAGGUUGUGGGAGUGAUUGAGAAGGUGCAGUUAGUCCAGGAUCCAGCCACUGGGGGGACCUUUAUACUUAAGAGCCUCCCCAAAUCCCAUGUGGAGACCCGUGAGCGGCAGACCAUCAUCCCGCACGGAGUCCCCUUCAUGGCCAAGCUGCUGCACUAUUAUGUGAGCGAAGACUCCAUCUUCCUCCACCUGGAGCAUGUGCAGGGAGGGACACUCUGGUCCCAUCUUCACUCCCGGCCUCGUUUACAGCAAGGUUCCUCUGAUGGCCCCAGUAGCCUAAUCCCAAAGCCCACCUCAGCUCUGGUGGGCCAUGGUGAGAAGCAGCGAGUAGGGAGCCGCUCGGGGGCUGGCUCUCAAUCCAGCCAGAGCUCCAGCUUCUGCCCGGAGAAUGGCACUGACCUCCCAACCUCUGCGAAUCGCCAUUCACCAGAAAUUGCUGACCAAUCGUCCUCUCAGGAGCAGUCACCUGACCACAUGGAUGCCAGACCAGGGACUGGCUGCAGGUUCCAUACUGGCCCCACCAAUGGCCGUGAAGGAGUUACUGCGGGGAAGGAUUUAAGUGCAACACACACUCUGUUUGGUGUCACUGAUUAUGUCAUCAUGGCAAUGGCCAAGGGACGUAGGGACCAGAGCUUGGCCUUCCAGUCAUGUGACUUGUUAACCAUCAGUGAUGGUGUCAGCAAUGUAUCAGAGAGGGAAGCUUCUCAGCAGGACACAAGGCUACUGGCUGAUGAAAGGCCGCCCCAGUCUCCUGCUGCAGUCCCAAAGGCUAUUGGAGGAGGCCACCUGGUGAAGGUGGCACCUCGAGUUUGCCAGGUGUCUGAUGCUCCCUGGGCUCAGCCCACAUGGCCCCCAGUGGCUCCCCCAGGACAAAGGCAGCUGCACCCUGGAACCACCCUGCACAGCUCCAGUGAGUCCUGCAGGUGUGAUUCUGGGGGGCAGGAGUCAUUGAGGAGCAUCUCCAGGGCCCGAGAAGGAGAAGGCCAUGGUCAGCACAGAGAGCAUCCAACUGCAGGACAGCGUGGGCCUCCAGUCCAUCGCUCUUUCCAAGGGGAUGGUCAGGGGACCUGGGAUGUGAACGAGGAACUCAUCCGGCUGUGGGCAGCCGAAAUGCUCUUGGCUCUGGAGGGACUCCACCAACAGGGGGUGCUGUGCCGGGACCUCAACCCCAGAAACCUGCUGCUAGAUGGUGCUGGUCACAUCCGUCUCACCUUCUUUGGCCAGUGGACAGAGGUGGAGCCACAGUGCUGCAGCCAGGCCCUGGAAGAUAUGUACAGCGCCCCAGAAGUGGGUGGGAUUUCUGAGCUGACUGAGGCCUGUGACUGGUGGAGCUUUGGGUCCCUGCUGUACGAGUUACUGACCGGAACGUCGCUGUCCCAGAGCCACCCCUCGGGGAUUCACCCUCACACCCAGCUGCACCUUCCGGAGAGGCUCAGCCUGCCUGCUGCAUCCCUGCUCACUGAGCUGCUGCAGUUUGACCCCAAGCUACGCUUGGGCUCUGGAGGAGGUGCAGUCAACAAGCUGAAGAACCAUCCCUUCUUCAGUACCAUCCAGUGGAACAAGCUGGUUGGCUAGACAGACACAUGUGGAGCAGCGAGGAGUGAAGGAUGGAGUCAUGGUGCCAGGCAGGGGCCUAGCAGGGUGGGGCCCAGGGAGAGACCCAGAUCCUGUUGGGGAGGCAGAUUUAUCCCCUUAGAUCAUUGGGUCACUGGGACCUGUGAUCCUGGGUGGUACUUGCAGCUCUGCCAGUCUUGGGGAGGUCCACUUCUGCAAGGGCUGAUUGCAGGGGUCUGGAUUGGGUCCAAUUUGCAGCCUUGGGUUCUUCUUCCUGGGCUAACUUCCAUUUGUGUUGCAGUAGAAUUUCCAAGAGAUCAGGCCAGGCUGGGGUCAAGUCAUGUUGUCUCCCUGCCCUCCUUCCCCCAGGUCCUCCUUUUCUCACCCUACAUCUAACCCAACCCUGGUAAAGGUCACUGACCCCUACAGAGAUGAAGAUAUCAGUGCCAGGGGGCCUAACUCAGCCCUCUUGGUCUACUACCCUUGCUGUCCCAUGGGUUCCCUGGGACAUUCCUGCCCCUCUUGACCCACAAGCUCUGUGGGGUCCUCCUUGCCUGGUGCUUUCUGUGGGAAGCCAGUCUCUGUACUAUGAAUGAGACUCCCCUGCUCACCCAGGGGCCUAGAGGGGCAGUAUCUCCCUCUGGGGCAGCUCCUUCUCUGUCCAUAGAUUCCACCAGCUCCCUGGUUCUGCCUGCCCUUAUCAGGGGGGGAUUCCCCCCCAUCCCAGUUACUCUCUCCCUAUUUCUCUCUGUGUUGCCUGAGCUCUUUAUAGCUUACUAAUGCAUUCCCAAUGGCUACCACUAGAUGGGGUCUGGAAUUGUGGUCUGUAUGUCUCACUGGCUGCAUGUGCAUUAGCAGCACCUGCCCAUGGUGUCUUGGGGGUGGGGGGAGGAGCCACCCCCCUCUCCUCCCCACGGUGUGAGAGGCUCCCCCGGGAUCUCCCACCUGCUCCGAGUGAAUGUCUGAAAUCAAUAAAACAGCUUCACCCAA